CUUAGGAUGUAGGAACUUCCCUCUAGCCCUAUGUUUUAGUCUGCUGCUUUCUUAGCUUUGGACCACAUUGGUACAGUCUGCUCCCUCCCUCCCACAUUUCCCUUCUUCGUUGCUUUUGGUGUUACACACACUACUCCCCCCUCCUUUUGAGAGCGGAGUGGUACACUCUGCUCUCUUGAUCCCGCCUUCUUCCUCUCUCCUUUGGUGCUGCUAAAUGGUAGGACGGUGUAGUCCGUGUUAGUGAAUUGUUCAUACAGCAGACAGACAACAGUGGCAAUGUGUCCGGAGCAAACAGCUUAAACUUGUCCGCUGGCCGUAUGACCGAGAAAAAGUCCAGGCAAAGGCGAACAGAGCGGGAUUUGAGGUCUUCACGAGGAAGAAAAGAAAAGGCGCUCACCUGGGGCUGCUCUGCAGGAAAUUAGCUCACCGCCGAGCCAAAGCUUCGUUCAACUCCGGUGUAUAAUAUUGGAAUGGAAGAAGGCUCUAGCAGGCCAUUCACCCAUCACUCUUCCAUUUAUAUGAACGAUCAUAUUGGCUUUUGUGGUAGUAUUAAAAAAAUUCCAAGUGACUUUGUCGUGACAGAAAUUAAUAUAUUUGGACAGCUAGUUAAUGAAAACACAACAGAUUAUCUUCAUAAAUCUCAUGAAACUCUGUUGGAACAAACUAAGCUCUGUCAGCAGGAUCCCAAAAAGCAAAGGCUGAGGCCUCCAGAACUCUGCAUAGAUGAGGAACUUGGCAGAGUUCAAGAUGACUACCGUACUUCAGAACUGUUAAUUGUUCCACCCUCUACUGGAGAAAGUGAAGAAGACUGUAAAGCUGGUAACAUAUUUGAAUACCACCUUGACAAUGCUGGUAUGAUGGAUUCUUUAUUGGACAAGUCUAUAACUGAGCAGUUAAGUCAGUUUGCUUGUCAUGUGAAAGAAACAUGGGAUUCUAAAUCUGAGCCAGGAGCAUUUCCUACGGAAUUCUCACUUGGUCCAAUCCUUGACAAGAAGGUUCGAGCCAGCUUACAUUGUAUCAUCAGACAGCAGUACCCCUUCUUAGUCACUGUCACAAAAUGUAAUGAGAUCACGGUAAAAGCAAACCAGGAUUUCCAAGAACUCUGCCAUCUGGUGUCUGAAGAGGAAGCAUGCGGUUUUCUAUCAUUUUUAGAUGCCAAAGCAGAAAAUUCAAAGUUCGCUUUUAAACCUGAUGGGAAUAAGGAGCACCGUACAAUGGUUCACCAUUUCAUCAGUAAAAAGUUUGGAAAACUUGUGGAAACAAAGUCUUUUUCUGACUCUCAGCAAAAGGUUGUAAUUAUGGUACGGUUUCGUGAGAAAAGGAGUUCCAGAAAAAGGGCUAAUGCUGACUGUGGGGAGAAACAAGACAUUUACACAGCUUUUACCCUCCGAAAGGAAAACCUGGAAACACUUGAAGCAAUUGGCUAUUUGUCUUCUAAACUUGGCGUGCUGCCUUCAGACUUCAGCUACACAGGCAUUAAAGAUAAGAAGGCCAUUACAUACCAGGCCAUGGUGGUGAAGAAAGUGCCUCCUAAAAGAUUGAAAGAACUUGGAAGAGCAAUUGAAAAAAAUGGAAUCGGCGUGUCUAAUAUACAUUCUGCAAGUCAGCCUCUUAAACUUGGUCAGCUGCAAGGAAAUCACUUUGAUAUAAUUGUGAGAGAUUUAAAACUCCAGAGUAAUGACUGUUCUGCAAGACUGAAGGAGAGAAUACCUCAAGCAAUUGAGAAUGUCAAGAAAAGUGGUUUUAUAAAUUAUUAUGGAACUCAGAGAUUUGGACAAGGACAGAACAUUCAGACGGAUCAAAUUGGAUUAGCUUUGCUGAUCGAAGAACCGGUCAGAGCCGUAAAAUUAUUUUUCACACCAGAAGACACAGAUGAUCCUGUAAAUAAGGCAAAGAAAUACUUCCUUCAGACUGAGGACCCAAAGGGCACCCUUGCAAUGCUGCCUGACUUUAAAGUAAGAGAGAAGAUGUUACUUCGUGCACUGAACCGUUAUGGUAUAAAUCACGAGGGGUGUACACAUGGAUGGCUCAGCAUUCCCCAUUCCAUGCGUAUUUUCUAUGUCCAUGCAUAUUGCAGUAAAAUUUGGAAUGAAGCUGCUUCUUACCGGAUUAAGACCUAUGGUACAAGAGUUGUGAAUGGGGAUCUCAUCUUUUCUGAAAAAAGUGCUGAAGGCUCUUUGCUGAAUGGCAAGGUAAAUGUCCAUACAGUGACUCCUGAGGAAGAAAUCUCCAAUAAAUAUACAAUAAAUCAAGUUAUUCUCCCAAUGGCUGGUCACAGCAUCCAGUAUCCCACUAAUAAAGUCGGGGCAUGGUACCAGGAAAGGCUUGCCAGUGAUGGGCUUCAAACAUGCAAGUUCAGACUUCCAGAAUUACAGCUGAAUGUGCCUGGCUGCUACAGACAUCUCCUGAAAUACCCACAUAAUCUGACCUAUAGCUUCUUAAAAGACAAUGAAAAUGAAAUCGGAAAUGAAGAUAGUCCUCUACAUGAUUCAAUAGAUUCCCUUUCUUUGUCAUUUUGGCUUGAUCCUUCAUGUUAUGCAACUGUUUGUUUGGGGGAAAUAAUGAAGUGCAAUCUUUAAAGCAAUUCAAAAAAGCAACACGUUUAACAUCACUUUAUAGAAUAUUGCAAAAAAGAGAACAGUAUGAAGGGAAGCAAUUCAAGUGUAUCAUCUUUGUGUCUUUAGUUUUUGAGGGCUGGGGUGAUUCAUGUCUCAUAAAUUUUGUCUUAAAGAGAAAAUAGACAAACCCAACAAAACAGAUACCAAUUUAAAUCAUAGGAACAUAUGUAGCUGCAUCAGACCCAGACUUCGAGUCAGACCCAGUGUUCAUUUAGCUUAGUGUUGUCAAUGCUGACUGGCAGCGACAAUCCAGGAUUCUGCCCUACCUGGAGUUGCCAGGGAUUGAACCUGGGGUCUUCUGCUUGCAAAGCAGAUGCUCUACCACUGGGCUACAAUCCCAAUCUCAUCUGAGGAACAGCUGAAAACAGCCAAAAGACAACACCCAAAGUUCCAGCAGAAACAACUCCAGACACCAUUAACCAGUAAGAAACAUAUUUCUCAUUAUUAAUGGUUCACCAUUAAAACCUCUGUCUUAUCUGGAUUAAGUUUCAACAUUGUAGAGCUCACCCAGUCUGUAACUGCAUUUAUUGAUGACACAUUUUUUCUGAACUGCCAGACAAUCAGUUCCAAAGGUUGCAUGUGAUUGUUUAAAAGUGCCAGUACAAGAUGGGACCAUUUGUUACCUCAUUUAACCCAGUGCUAUCCUCUGGUGCUGACCCAUCCGGUAGAAUAAGAAGUGGGACCAUUGGGUACCACAAUACUGUCUCCUUCAUCCUCUUAGCUUUUGGGUUCUGGGUUCCUCAAAUCCACAAACUUCCUUGUUUAACUGCUGUCUUCUUGUCAACAGCACACUACCCAUUCUGUCCUCAGGCCAGUGUCAACUCUGUCCCCUUUCCAUCUUCAGCAACCUUGAUAACAAGUGAAGGAGGCAGUGGACAAAGUUCACAAUUCAAAACCUGUCUGUUGCAAGACGGACCGUGGACACACCAGACUUGACUCAAGAUCUACCUAGGCAGUUCUGUUUGCGUAGCUUUUCCUAAUUUUUUUGUUUUUGUUCAAACUGACAGUACACCAUUCCAUCAUGUUAUUUUAAUUGCCUUCCUCUGCUUAUUUAUCCAUAAUUCUCUAUUACUCUGCACUGAAAGCCCUCUUUGUGUAAGUGAAGUCCCCCUUUUGGACUGGAGUAAUGCUUAUGCAAUAUGAGGGGGGUUGCCCCAACUCCAAUAGGACACAUCAGAGAAGUAGCCUAUUCCAAGAAAACAUUGAUAUUAUAGUUAAUGAGCUCUUAAACGGCAUCUUUCAAAACCCUUCACACUGCCUAUGUUGCCAUGUUGCCAUAUGUGAAUGGUAAACUAGCCUUUUUCUAUUACUAUUGUUGCCAUGUUGCCGUAUGUGAAUUGUAAACUAGCCUUUUUCUAUUACUAUUAUUAUUAAUAAGGGCGGUAUAGAAAAUAAAUAAAUUAGGGAAUGAAGUAAAAACACUUCCAGAAUAUUUCCAUAAUGCAUUAUAAUUUGUUUCAUAGGAAUAUUUAUUCCAGGCUGUUUUUUAUCUCUUCAGUACCUAUAUUGUAAAAGGGACAAAGUUUAUUAGUUUCUGCUAACUGCACCUCCAUUAUAGCUCAAAAUGUACCAGUCUCUGUUACUUGCUUUGUAAUCAUCUGGGUCAGGCUUUUAAAGGGCCAUGCAUCGGGAACAUAUUCUUUUUUAAAAAAAUAAAGAGAAUGCACAGCAUGUGCAUAACCGUGAAUCAUCUCCCUAGCAUGUUUAGACUAUAUAAUUGUCUACACCAUUAGGAAACAAAGUGAAGCUAAUUACAUAAUUUAGAUUAUUAUUAGUAUUAAGUCCAAUACCUAAACCCUAUUUAAACAUGAUGUUGCUCCUGCCUAUACAUGUGGAUGUUGCACCUGUCUUUUCAUGUGAAUGACUGAAACUGCAUUCAUUUUAAAAGUGAACCCAGAGCACAGGCUCCUUCAAAUGCAGGAGACAGAUAGGAAGUGUGUGCUGCUCUACCUGUGUUCAACAUUACUUGUGAAUAACUGUACCGAAAUACAGAUCUGUACCUGCAUGCAGUGUACACAGAUCGUAUAAGUGCUGGAUAUAACGUGUGAAUAGGGCUCUAACUUGCUAGCAAACUGAUCAAAAAGAGGUGCAAGAUACACAAAGACAUUAGUUGUAUGUACUGUAUUUUAUCUGCAGAUGGCGAUGUGAGUUUGCAGGAACUAUUGGGGGGAAAAGCAACUCUGAAAAUUGAUUUAAAUAAUGUAUACGCUGGUUGCUGUUGCUUGAAACUACUUUGCUUCAGAUUUCUCUUAAUAGAUCUUAUUUGGUGGGGUGCCAGCCUCUGUUUUAAUCCCUAAAGGCUACAGAGUUGCUUAAAAGGUACAUGUCAGAGUUUUAGGGAGGUCUGUGAAAUUCAAAAAUGAAGAAAACAGAAGAAAGCCCCGCCCAUGAGGAAGAACUAUAUGUUCAGAGCUCCUGUGUGGGUCCCGGGAUGCUGGAAAGGGGUUUGCACCUCUCUGUGUGAUGCUUAGCCUCCCAUUAAAAUGCAAAUAUGCCCUAUGUAUGUACCUAAGAAUUCAAAUAAAUAUGUUCACCACUGGA